AAGAUGACGCGCAACAUCGCCGCUGAUGUGCUGAUCCGCGCGCGAGAAUGCCCGCAGCUGCAGAUCUGUGCUCGUGUGUGUGAGGAUCAUGAUCACGGGCUCGAUGGGCUGCGGGGGAAGCAGAUCCGCCGCGAUCGAACCCCGGUAUUUCGAGAGCAGGGACACCGAGUCGACGUGGCUCACGAGCACGGACACGGAGACGCUACGGGCAGCUGUUGGUAACGGGACCGGCGACGGCGCGAGCGCGAAUGAGAAAACAGCAACAACAGCAGCAGCAGCAGCAGCCGGAUCAGGUCAAAGGGAAGAGAAGCCCAUGACGGGGACCAGAGGUAAUUCUGCCAAAGAGAAGAAGCUGGUGAACACCGGCACGCAGUGUGGCAGACGCGCCACGCUCACAGACAGCACCCAGAGGAGACCAGCACACAGAGACGAGGUUAAAAGUAAAUCAAAGAAAAUCCCCCAGCCUGAAGGGGUUAAAAGUGUCCGUCCGGAGGUGAUUCCUUGACAUGAGAGUCGCUGCUGUCGAACACAAUCACAGUGCCACGGUCUAACGAGGGACUUUCAUUGUAAUUAAAUUAAACACACAUCAGAUGGCAGAUUUGAUCUAGCUCCGUCUGUUCGUCUGCAUGUGAACGUCGAGCGCCGGAGCAGACGAAGACCCUGACAUGCUGCAACACGUGCCAUUUUCAACUGGAUCAAGCUUUUAUAGAGCUGAAUCUUUGUUUCUAAAGUACUCAAAUGUUAUUUAUUUCCAAGCCGUGAAUAUUGUCCUGGUAUUAUGUAUUUGCCUGUGUGAUUUCCAUUAGUAUUGUGCAGGUUAGUGAUAUUCUAGUGCCUAACGAGUCUGUUUGAUAAUGCAGAUGUCUCAGGUUGUGAUUGUAUGAAAUGAAGAUUCAUCCAAACAUCACAUUGUCUUGCUCCUCUGAAUGGAAACUGUCUGCUUUCCAGUCUUCAGACGGAUUUGUUUAUGAUUUAGUGAAACAACGUGUUUGAUUUGAAUCUGUCAAUUUGUUCAUCAUAAUUAUGACAUUUUUUAUAGGGACGCUGGGAAGGAU